AUGAAAUUAUUUCUUCUUUUUGUGUUUUUUUUAAACUAUGUACAAGCCGAACAAAUUUGGUUUGUUAAGUUUUCACAUAAACAUGAUUAUUUAUCACAUAUUGAAAAAACCUUUCCAUUAAUUGAUCUACUUGAAUAUGACUAUGAUCAAUCAUCAUAUAUUUUUCUUAUACCAAAGAAUUAUUUGUUAAAUUUUGCUCGUUUUAUACAACAAUUCGAUGGUUUCUAUCGAGUUAUAUUUGAUAUUAUAAAAGAUACAUGGAAAAAAUCUCAAUUAAGAUCAAAACGAUGGAUUCCACCCGAUAAUCCAUUAGAUAAAACUUAUUAUCAACAUUUUCUUUCAUAUGAUGAACAACAAAAUUGGAACAGUUUACUUGCAAAUUCUUCAUUAACAAAAAAAUUUAUUCGUUUACAUACAAUUGGUCAGACAUAUGAAAACCGUUCACUUACUGUUGUACAAAUUCAUUCUAAAUAUCGUCGUCGAUAUAAACACCGACAACAGCGUAAACUGUCUGUAUUUAUUGAUGGAGGUAUGCAUGCACGAGAAUGGUUAUCAAUAGGUGUAGCAAACUUUGUUCUCAUACAAUUUCUUACAUUAAAAGACAACGAUGUUAAAGUUCAAAGAAUUUUACGUUAUUUUGAUAUAUUUGUUUUACCAAUUAUGAAUCCAGAUGGUUAUGAAUAUUCACGAACACAAAAUCGUCUUUGGAGAAAAAAUCGUUCACCAACUAUUGCAUCAGAUUUUUGGAAUGGCGACGAAUCUUGUUAUGGUGUUGAUCUUAAUCGAAAUUUUCCUUAUCAAUGGGAUACUGCAUAUGCUUCUUCCACUCAUCCAUGUUCACAUUCAUAUCGUGGAUCAGAUCCAUCAUCAGAAAAUGAAGUACAAAGUGUUGUUAAUUUUCUUCAAACAAAUAAGUAUUCUUCUAAUAAAUUUCAUGCUUAUUUUAAUUUACAUGCUUAUGGAAAAUUCUGGUUAUUACCAUGGACUUAUUCAACAUUAGAAAAGGUAUCGAAUUACGAAGAUUUAUUAAAAAGAUGUAAUCAAAUUGCAUCAAAUGUUAUGAAUCAAACAUAUAAAGUUGGACAAGCAUCGUUUUUAUUAUAUCCAUGUAGUGGGACAAGUAUUGAUUUUGCUGCGACAUUAAUGCCACACGCAAUGACCUUGGAAUUGUCACCUAUAUUUAAGGGGUUACCAAUGUGUUUUGAAACAAAUCAAACUAUUAAUCAUAACUGUACUGUUGGUUUUUUAACUGACCCAGAAGUAAUUGAAAUAGAUGGAACGGAAAUUUUUAAUGCUAUUGUUGAAUAUUUAAAUUCUAUUAUACAGGAUUAUUUUCUUUCAUGA